CGACAAUCGCUCGGCAGUACACGCCGCGCCUCCGUCGAAAGCACAUGUGUUUAAAAAAAAAACAACUGACAGUUCCAUAAACAAUACGAUAUUUUUUAAAGUGUUCAUGUUAAAUUAAAGUUUUUUUUUUAAAGAUGUCCAUGACAUUCCAUUAUUGAAUAUUGAAGCAAAACUAGGAGGAACUGAACAUUGAAGUGAUAUUCUGGAAGAAUAACAUCAUCAAAGAUUCCACCAUGACGGAAGGCACCUACGAAAGGGUGUCUCCAUUCUUGAGACAGCUACUAGCAGUGAGCGGAGUGGUGAUGUACAUGAUCGGCACAGGGGCCAACAUCGCCUUCCCAGGAGUGUUGCUGCAGCAGCUUCGGGAGCCAGGGUCGGCGCUGCGGCUUACUCCGGAACAUGAGUCUUGGAUAGCCUCGAUCCUUGGUCUGGCGCUGAUCGCCGGUAUCGUGGUGGCGCCGUUCAGCCUGCAGAAGCUGGGCCGUAAGCUGACCAACCAACUCAGCUCUCUCCCGACCCUCGGAGGCUGGGCUCUCCUAGCCACGGCUAAAGGACCUGCAGCAUUGCUCAUCAGCAGAUCUUUACUGGGUUUCGGCAUGGGCGUCCAGGCAGCAGCUGCACCAGUUUCCAUAGCUGAGUACUCUGCUCCCAAACAUCGAGGUGCCUUCCUCGCCACCAUCGCCUUCUCCUUCGCCACCGGAAUGUUGAUCGCCCACGUCUUCGGAACCUUACUGUACUGGAGAUCAGCUGGCCUGGCUUGUGGAAGUGUCUACGUCCUAUCUCUAAUCCUGGUCACACUAUCACCAGAAACACCUCCGUACCUAGCCUCCAAAGGUCUUGUAGAAGAGUGUAGGAAAUCUUUUCAUUGGUUCAGAGGAUACGACCCUAGUGCAGAAAAGGAAUUGGAGAUUCUUCUGAAUAGUCAGAAGAAACCAACAGGAACACGACGAGGGUCUAGAUGGCAGGCAUAUAGACAGAUAGUCAGGAAGCCCGAAUUUUACAAACCAACAAUCAUCAUGAUGUUCAUGUUCGUGCUGUUUCAAAUAUCUGGGAUGACAGUAGUCCCGUCCUACACAGUCCCAAUGAUGAAUGAAGUCAGUGGCGGUACCAUUGAUUCACAUGUCAGCAUGUUGAUGGUGGAUGUCGUCAGGUUUGUGACGGCCGUUCUCUCCUGCCUCGUCGUCAACAAGCUCAAUAGAAGGACAGUCCUCUUUCUUGGAAUUAACAUCAGCGUGGUGUCCCUACUCAUCACUGCCAUCCUACUCUACCUCAGAGAUUUCGGCUACAUAUCGAAUGGUUACAAGUGGACCCCAGUUGUUCCUACCCUAAUAUACAUUUUUGGAAAAACUUUAGGUAUCCUACCAAUACCCUGGGCUAUCGCAGGGGAGAUAUUCCCUCUAGAAUACAGGAGUUUGGGAAGUGGAAUCUCAGGAAUGUUCCUUUCCAUUAUGUUUUUCGUUGUGGUGAAAACGGCACCAUUCUCCUUUGAACAGAUUGGUGUCAGUGGCACUUUUUGUGUGUAUGCAGUUUGCAUUGCCAUUUGUGGGAUAUUUUUAUAUUACUUACUGCCAGAAACUAAAGGAAAGACGUUGUAUGAGAUAGAGUGUCACUUCAAAGGUAUUAAAGGUGAGAUCGGGCAGAACGAGUCUCAUGAAGGAGAGAAGAUGUUGGAACUGAAGAAUGUAGAAUGUAGAUGAAGAGGAAUGAGGGAUCACAGGAUGUGCUUUACUGCUUCGGCGCAGUUGGAGGGAGGAAUGACUUUAUUUAACACGUUCAAUGCUCCGGAGUUGCGCGUAUCUUGUGUUGGUACCGUCCAGCUAUUGUUUUCAUCUGUCUAUUGCGACAAACAUGUGUGGAACUUGAAACAAAAAGGAAA